AUGCUGCAAGGAGCCAUUGGGAGCUUUCUCCUGGUCGUUCUGACUGUUCCAAGGAGCGUUCCAGAUGAGAACCUGGUGUGCGCCUGUGACGACCACGUGCAGCCCUGUGACCAUGCCACCUGCUGGGGGAAGGUGUGUUUUGUGAGCAAAACCCGGGACAACGGGAAGGCUACCCAGCGCAAGGGCUGCCUGAGUGAUAAUAUCCUGGAGCACUGCCAGACUAAGCCCAUGGAAGAAUACGCCAUGAGCUGCUGCAGCUCCAACAUGUGCAAUGAGAACACUAGUGUCCUCCUGAAAGGCCAGGAGCAGCCCGAAGAGCCUGCCUCUCUGACGAACCUUCUCCUGAUGAUCCUCGUCCCCCUGCUGGCCCUCCUCGUGCUCAUCACGCUCUCCUUCUGGAAGCUGGCUCAGCACCGCAGGAAGCGGCUUCUCAUCAGACAUGAUGACUUGGGGGACACAGACAACAUGCUGAAAGCCUCCAUGGUCGGAGACAGCACCUUAGAGGACCUGCUGAACGAGGACUGCACGACGGGCAGCGGCUCCGGGCUGCCCUUUCUUGUUCAAAGAACUGUGGCUCGGCAGAUCACUCUGGUGGAAUGCGUAGGGAAAGGGCGCUACGGGGAGGUGUGGCGCGGCGUCUGGCAUGGGGAGAACGUGGCCGUGAAGAUCUUCUCCUCCCGGGACGAGCAGUCGUGGUUCCGUGAGACGGAGAUCUACAACACGGUGCUGCUCAGGCAUGACAAUAUCCUGGGCUUCAUCGCCUCUGACAUGACGUCCAGGAACUCCAGCACCCAGCUCUGGCUCAUCACUCACUACCACGAGAACGGCUCGCUCUACGACUACCUGCAGAGGACAGCGCUGGACACACAGACUUGCCUGAGGCUGGCCUGCUCCAUCAUCUGCGGCCUGCUCCACCUGCACGUGGAGAUCUUCGGGACCCAGGGGAAACCAGCCAUCGCUCACCGGGACCUGAAGAGCAGAAACAUCCUGCUGAAGAACAACCUUGAGUGCUGCAUCGCAGACCUGGGGCUGGCGGUCAUGCACUCCCAGGGCAGCGACUACCUGGACAUCGGGAACAACCCUCGGGUUGGCACCAAACGCUACAUGGCCCCCGAGGUCCUGGACGAACAAAUCCGUACCGACUGCUUCGAAUCCUAUAAGCAGACAGAUAUCUGGGCAUAUGGUCUGGUGCUCUGGGAAAUCACCAGGAGGACGGUUGUUAACGGGAUAGUGGAGGACUACAGGCCUCCUUUCUUUGACAUGGUGCCAAGUGACCCCAGCUUCGAGGAUAUGAAGAAGGUGGUUUGCACUGACCAGCAGACGCCCAGUGUCCCCAACCGGCUGUACUCUGACUCGAUUUUGUCCGCCCUGGCUAAGAUCAUGAAGGAAUGCUGGUACCAGAACCCCUCUUCUCGGCUCACAGCCAUGAGGAUUAAAAAGACACUAAAGAAGCUGAGAAGCUCCCUAGAAAAACCCAAACAAGAUGAUUAA